AUGUCUCUUCCCCUUCCAAUUGUGGUCUGCGCUCUGGAUGACCAAAUCGGCAAGCCGGUCUCCGAGCUUCUUUUACCCGAGUUCGAAGUCAUCCACUUUAUUCAAAGCCUUGAAGCCGCCCAAUCUGAGAUUCCUCAUAUUCUCGCCGGCCAGGACCCUCAAACUGCGCAUCCCAACAAUGUCGGCACAAAAGACUACAGUCGCCCGGUGCGGGCAAUCAUAUUUGGUCGGGCAUUUGAAUUAGAAGAUAUCGAGGCCUUGAGGGAGAAAGUCGCUGGAACUUCGUCCGACCCUAUCGUUUGGAUUGUUGGUGACCCGGCUCGCAAACCGCCUGCUGGUGCAGUUCCUCCUCCUAACUACCCCCAGCUGGUCGCUGGUGUUGCGCGGAAACUCCUAGGUGGUUGGCUCGAGGCUGGAGCUGCGAAUGACGAGAUCAUUUUGUAUUAA